GCAACCAGAAAUACACUUCACCCGCCUGAGAAAUUUGUGGACAUUGACAUCCCAAAGAGCCGGAAAACAUGUUAUCAACCGCCGCAUUGACGCCAGCGACCACCGCCGGAUGUAAUGUCGUCUCUAGAGACCUUACUCGUCUCGUAACUUAUUCCCAAUCCUUUGAUUCCACCUCAAUUCGCAGACGAAACAGUGUUUUGUUACGCAGUCCGUCGUCCCGGAGGGUUUCGCCGGUGGUGGCGGCGGUAACUGGUCACCAGCCGAAUGGACUUGCUGUUGGUGUGAAGGAGGUGGAAGAGGAGAAGGAGAAGAGCUUGGCGGACCGGCUUCGGUUGGGGAGCUUGACGGAGGAUGGAUUAUCGUAUAAGGAGAGGUUCAUUGUAAGGUGUUAUGAAGUAGGGGUUAACAAAACCGCCACUGUUGAAACGAUUGCGAACCUGUUGCAGGAGGUUGGAGGCAAUCAUGCUCAGAGCGUUGGAUUUUCAACCGAUGGGUUUGCCACUACAACUACAAUGAGAAAAUUGCAUCUCAUAUGGGUGACUGCACGAAUGCAUAUUGAAAUUUACAGAUACCCUGCUUGGAGUGACGUGGUUGAAAUUGAGACUUGGUGCCAGAGUGAAGGAAGGAUCGGGACUAGACGUGAUUGGAUUCUCAAAGACUAUGCCAAUGGUGAGGUCAUCGGAAGGGCUACAAGCAAGUGGGUGAUGAUGAAUGAAGAUACUAGAAGGCUCCAGAAAGUUAGUGAUGAUGUCCGAGAUGAAUAUCUAAUUUUUUGUCCAAAGACAUUGAGAUUAGCAUUCCCUGAAGAGAACAAUAACAGCCUGAAGAAAAUAGCGAAACUCGAAGAUCCAGCUGAAUUUUCGAGGCCAGGACUUGUGCCAAGAAGAGCCGAUUUGGAUAUGAACAAGCAUGUCAACAAUGUUACCUACAUUGGAUGGGUUCUUGAGAGCAUCCCACAAGAAAUCAUAGACAGUCAUGAACUGCAAGCUAUUACCUUAGACUACAGACGCGAAUGCCAGCAUGACGACAUAGUUGAUUCUCUCACCACUCCCGAGCCACUCAAUGAUUCAAGCAACGGGUCUGCCGAUGGAGAAAAUUUGAGUAAAUUCUUGCAUUUACUGAGAUCAUCUGGUGACGGUCUCGAAAUAAACAGGGGUCGCACCGAAUGGAGAAAAAAACCACUGAAAAGAUGAGCGAAACGUAUCAUUCACUGGAGGCUUUCAGUGGAAACAGCUGCUCUAUCUUUUUGGAAAAGAGGUGAGGUUUACGUAUAUCCCCUCCUGACACUGCUUUCGAGUGAGGUUUACUGGAUCCGUGUGGUUUGGUUUGGGUGGAAUAGGAAAUAAUGAGGCAAUGAGGGGGGUUUUCUAUUGGCAAUUUAAAUGGACAUAUGAGAGGAUGAGUGAAGUGAGAUUAGGGGUUGGAACCCAUGGUUGAUGAUAGAGUAAAUUACGUUUUUCAUCCCUAUGGUUUGUGGAAAUUUGUGGUUUUCAUCCUUGCGGUUUUAAA